GCUCCAUACAGCACACAAAUACACACACACACACAGUCCUCCGCCCACUCAUUAUUAGUAUUUCAUUUCAUUCAAUCAAAUUUCCCAAAAUCCAAAAUUUUGCUCACCGAAUGUAACGUUACUUCAUCCUUCAUUCAAGCUAAACACACCUUAUCAUCAUCCCCAUAUACACUAAACACCAAACCAGCUUUUUUCUCCUUUUCUUUUUACAGAUAAGAUUUUUCCUUUUCUUUUUCUUUGAAUUAUCCCAUGUGGUUUCUUGUUGAUUUUAUCUAAAGAUCUGAUUUUGAUCGGCGAUUUGGAAACCCAUUUUUCUUCCUUCAAAUUUGUUGAUUUUUGUUCUAUUUCACACCGAUCCUUUCUGGCUUUUGCUGUUUCUGAGGAUUCUUGCAUUCAUUGUUAUUGUUGUGUUUACCACCAGAUUUUCUAGGCAAGGUGGGUGAACCGAGUUGAGUGUGAUUUGCAUGGGUGAUGAUGCCAGAGUUGCGUAGUGGAGCAAGGAGAUCAAAACGGCUUGGUGAUCUCCAACCUGCCGCCCCUCAACCUGUUGACCAAGAGGAGAACUUGGUUUUGCCGCCUACUCAGAACAGAGGCAGAAGAAGAGGUGGUGGUGGAGGAAGAGGAAGGGGUAAUGCUGCAACAGCUGUAGGAAAAGGGCCUUCAGGGACGACACGUGCAAGGCCAAGUGGUGCUGGUAGGGGUAGGGGGAUUAGGUUGAUAGAUUUGGACCCAGAGACGCCGUGUGAGGUUCUUCCUCAAGCUGCUCCUCUUGGGGUUGCCGAGCCAGCGUUUAAUAGAGUUGGGGGUGCUGCAGAUAAAAAUAUUGCAAUGGAUGGUGGUGGAAGUGCAGACAAGAUAAUGGGAGUCGAAGAAGAAUCAAGCGCAACUCCUGUACCUGAGAGGGUGCAAGUGGGUAAUUCUCCUGUAUAUAAAACAGAAAGGAAGUUAGGUAAGGGUGGAUUUGGGCAAGUAUAUGUUGGUCGAAGAACAAGUGGGGGAACUGAGAGAACAGGACCAGAUGCUGUUGAGGUUGCAUUGAAAUUUGAGCAUCGAAAUAGUAAGGGUUGCAACUAUGGCCCUCCUUAUGAGUGGCAGGUGUACAACACCCUGAAUGGAUGCUAUGGUAUCCCAUGGGUUCACUAUAAGGGUCGUCAGGGAGACUUUUACAUCUUGGUCAUGGACAUGCUGGGACCUAGCUUGUGGGAUGUCUGGAAUUCUUUAGGCCAGUCGAUGUCGCCGAAUAUGGUAGCCUGUAUUGCGGUGGAGGCAAUAUCGAUUCUUGAAAAACUGCACCUUAAGGGGUUCGUGCAUGGAGAUGUGAAGCCGGAAAAUUUCUUACUUGGUCUGCCAGGAAGUGCUGAUGAGAAGAAGCUGUAUCUUAUUGAUCUCGGUUUGGCAUCUAGAUGGAAAGAUGCAGCAUCUGGUCUGCAUGUUGAAUAUGACCAGAGGCCAGAUAUAUUCAGGGGAACCAUAAGAUAUGCAAGUGUGCAUGCGCAUUUGGGUCGGACGGGAAGUAGAAGAGAUGACCUUGAGUCACUAGCAUACACAUUAAUAUUCCUGAUAAAGGGAAGGUUACCGUGGCAAGGAUAUCAGGGUGACAACAAGAGUUUUCUUGUGUGCAAGAAAAAAAUGGCCACUUCUCCAGAGUUGAUGUGUUGUUUUUGUCCGGCCCCAUUCAAGCAGUUCCUUGAGGCAGUGACAAAUAUGAAAUUUGAUGAGGAACCAAAUUAUGCCAAGCUUAUCUCGUUCUUUGAGAGUCUUAUUGAGCCAGUCACGUCACUACGACCAAUAAGAAUUGAUGGAGCUCUUAAGGUUGGGCAGAAGCGGGGAAGAUUGCUAAUAAACUUGGAGGAAGAUGAGCAACCAAAGAAGAAAGUACGAUUAGGUAGUCCUGCAACACAAUGGAUUUCUGUUUAUAAUGCACGACGUCCCAUGAAGCAGAGGUACCACUAUAAUGUAGCAGACUCUAGGCUCCGGCAGCAUGUAGACAAGGGAAAUGAGGACGGUCUUUACAUCAGCUGUGUGGCCUCAGCAGCCAAUCUGUGGGCCUUAAUCAUGGAUGCAGGAACCGGUUUCUCUUCCCAGGUUUAUGAGCUUUCAGCUGUCUUCCUCCAUAAGGAUUGGAUAAUGGAACAGUGGGAAAAGAACUACUACAUCAGCUCAAUAGCUGGUGCAGCUAACGGAAGUUCCUUGGUCGUUAUGUCGAAAGGAACUCCAUAUACGCAACAGUCUUACAAAGUGAGUGAAUCUUUCCCUUUCAAAUGGAUAAACAAAAAGUGGAAAGAAGGUUUCCAUGUCACAUCCAUGACCACUGCUGGCAGUCGCUGGGGUGUGGUCAUGUCCCGAAAUUCUGGAUAUUCAGAACAGGUUGUUGAGCUUGACUUCCUUUACCCAAGUGAAGGAAUACAUCGACGGUGGGAAAGUGGUUAUAGAAUAACUUCUAUGGCUGCUACUGCCGAUCAAGCAGCCUUCAUAUUGAGCGUACCAAGACGUAAAAUGAUUGAUGAGACUCAAGAGACUUUACGGACAUCUGCCUUCCCAAGUACCCAUGUUAAGGAAAAAUGGUCUAAAAAUCUUUACAUUGCAUCAAUCUGCUAUGGUAGAACUGUCUGCUGACAUGGACUGUCGAGUUGCUAAUUAUUGUAGUCUCUUGUAAUUGAUGAGAGAUGGAGGAUGAAUUCAGCUGGUCCUGCUGGGGAUUGCCUUGUCAAGUCAGUCCUCAUUUUUUCUUCAUGUAAAAAUCAUUGUGUUGUACAACUGUACGGAUGAGCUAGGGCCCUGCAAGCUUGGGCUAGUAACACCAAUUGCGUCAACAACAUAAUAUUUUAGUUUUGGCAAUGAAGGCUAAGAAAUGGUGGAUUGAUUAACAUAUUUGUACCUUAAAAUUGGAAGGGUGUAUUUAUUCCAUAAUCUAUCCAUUCUUGCUGCAUGUUAGGCUU